CCACCACCUGCAACAGGGAGCAGCUCCUCAUCCUCCGCUCUCCCCGAGCCACUGGGGAGCACAAACAUGGCUACAGGGACAAACUGGAGCUGCCCCAUCUGCCACAAUGCUCGGAAGAGCAUCGCCUUUGUGCAGCCAUGCCAACACCAGUUCUGCCUGGGCUGCAUCCUGCGGUGGGCAGAAAUUACAUCAAACUGCCCGCUCUGCAGAACACAGAUGGCGAAGGUCAAGUUUUCUGUGCGGGGAGAAGAUGACUACCUGGAGCAUGUCAUCACACACCCCUCAGAGCCAUCAGUCGCCAUCAGCCAGGCAAGGAGAGCUCUCAGCCGCCUGGCCAACAGCAGCCCCCAUCACCCCGCAGCAUCCUCGCUGUCGUCUCUGCAGGGGAUGCCAUCACUGGAAGAGCAGGGGGGUGCAGGGACUGGGGUAAGGGCUACUGAGGGUGGUCUCCUGCCUGAGGUCUGGGCACCACUGUUCCAGCAAAACCAGUACCUCCUCUACCCCGUGCUGCCCUGGCUGCGCCGGGAGCUGUUGGCAAUAUACGAGGAACAGCAGUGGCUGGCAGUGGCAGCAGAGAAGCUGAUCCUGCACGCUCUGUGCUCCUACGGGCUGGACAGGGAGGCUGUGGUCCAGCGGAUGCAGCCUGGCCUCCAGGAACGUACAGCACCACUGAUCCAUGGCCUCAUCAACAGGAUUGUGCACCAGUGCAGCGAGGAGGCCCAGAGGCUGGUGCACUCCUCCGCUCCUGCCGGGGAGGAGAACGACAGUCUUGCAGCCAGCUCCAGCUCCAGCUCCAGCUCCAGCCCCACCAGCUCCCGGGGGGGGGACUCCUGCCCCCCACCCGGCCUCCUCCAGCAGCCCGGCAGGCUCUGACAGGGAGGACCAACCCAGCACGUCGGAGGCUGCCCUCCGUGGGGGUCCUGGCCGCCCCCCAUCUGUGCCCGUCCCUGCAGAGCAGGAGCAGCCCCAGGAGGAGCCGGGGCAGGAAGCGGCGGCAGGUCCCUCUGCCCAGGGCUGCGGCCACAGCCCCUCCGCUCCUG